GGUUGUUAUUCCAAGGACUUGUAUAAACUGAUAGACAUGAAUUUAUAUUGCCAGGACUCAACUUUAAAAUCAGAAAUUAAAUAGUUUGAGCUUUUUAAACUCACCACCAUGGGCAAAAAAGGGAAAAAGGGAAAGAAAAGUGGAGGAGGAGGCAAGAAAAAGAAAGAAAAGGAACCUCAGGUUACAUACAAAGAGGCUAUCCUUGCUUACCAAAUAAGUAUAAAAGAAAAACAAAUGGAGGACUACAUGUAUGAGCUGAGGGGGCUUGAAGAGAAGAAAUCAAGACAUGAGGAUAGGAAUGACAGACUUAAAGGUGAACAGGCACUUUGUAUUAAGAACCUGCUGAGAGAAGCUAAAGAAUUUGAGAAACAAGUAGAAAACCAAGAAUACACCAACAAGGAGCAAGUUGUUGCUGUAAUGAUGGAAAAAUGGCAGACACAAAAGGAAGAGGAGAAAAAAUUAGAAGAUAUCAGAGAGGAAAUUAAACGUAAAGAUAGUGAGAUUGUUGAAGUACAGAAGGAUGUUGCCUAUUGGCUAAGUUACAAAGACAAAGGUCACAAGACAGAUGAAACAAAAAUUAUUCUCCUUGAACAAGAAUUAAAAGACAUGGAGGUCACAAUUACAGAGAUGUCUGCUCACUUAGAAAGAACCCUUAUUACUGCCAAAAAUGAGAUUCAACAGUAUACAGAAGAAACUCUUGCCCAUACCAAGUCAAAUGCAUCAGAACAAGCUAUUGCUAAGAUGGAUAAGAAUAGUAGGCAGGAGGUGCUGGACAACAACUGGCUCAAGAGAGAGGUGGACAUUCAUGAUGAAGAGGCAGGAGUGUUGAGAGAAGCUGUAGAAAAACUAGAAAAAGAAAACCUUGAAAUAAUGAGUGAGCUGUUUGAGUGUAGAACUGAUGACCUUAAGAUUUCUAGGCAGUUUUACCUUACCCAGUUUCAAGACAAUGAGAAUUUAGAUGAUGGAAUCUUGGAGAUGGAUCUCAAUGUACUUGCCAUUGAGGACAGUGCUGCAAGGCCAAAAAGUGCUGUGUAUAAAUCUGUGCAAGAUAAGGUGCUGUCCAUCAUGUCUCGGGAAGAGUUGGCUGAGGAAGACUCAGAUGAAGAUUUAGAAAGUUAUGAAGGAGAGGGAGAUGGAUCAGAGGGGGAUCCAUUCGAAACUCCUUUUGAUUAUGAUGAUGCAAGAUUUGAUGGAGAUGAUGAAUUUCUUCAACUUGGUCCACUGGAGUUGAAGAUGUUGACACUGAAAGGGGAUAAGAUGCCAAUACAUGGGCGUGGAAAUUUGUCAACAGAGGAGCUUGAGGCUAAAAACUUCAACCCUGACAUUUGGCCCAUGACCACUCCAAUGUUGAAGGAGGUUAUCAAAGAUAAAGAGCUUGCAAAAGUGGAAGUAUGACUGCCAAAUUUAUUGACCAACCUGCAUAUUUGUCUGUCAUAUCGGUCAUUUCAGAUUCAGCAUUAUGACCCAGUUUUUUUUUUUUUUAUUUAAAGUAAACUUUGGAAAAAGAUUCUAUCCCUAUAUAUUCCAAAUGAAGAAAUUGUACCAACUGCAAAAUGCACCAUCACUGUGAUACAUGUAUUCUUUUAAUUGGAGAAAUUUGUGGUAUAAAAGCUGUUCAUGCAUUCUGUGACUGUUCAGGUUUUGCAGCACUUUCCAUGCUGCAGCUAAAAAAAGUUUCCUAUAAGUAGACAGAAGAGACAGUUUACAAGAGUUGCAGAAGGAUCACAGAAAUAUUAAAGAUUUUUGUAUGACAUUAAAAGGAAUUACUGCAGAUGUAAACUGACACUCAGUAUAUGCCAAAAAUAUCAUAACCACCCAUGUGAUAACAUUAUGCACUUUUUGCAUCUAAAAAUGGCAUGCGUCACAUCAGUAUUUUUAUCCAUGUACACAUAUUAGCAUUAAACACUUGGAACCAAAUUCAUUUUUUUAAAAUAAAUCAGAGUUUAACACUUUUAUUGCUGCUAUAUUUACAAACAAGUUAUACAUACAUGCAUAUGUAUCACAUUAAUUCCCUGAUGCAAUCAAGUAAGUUUAACUCUUUGACAAGUUAUUUCCAAUGACAAUCUUCUUGAAUAAGAUUAAGUCAUUACUUACAAGACUUUAAGCAAGAAAUG